AAAAAAAAAAAAAAUCUUUGUUUUCUUAUUAUUGUUUCUUUCCAAAAUUUCUCCUUUGUUCUUCUCUCAUUAGAAAUUAUUUUCCGUCAUGAUUACCGGUAAGGACAUCUACGACGUCUUAGCGGCCAUAGUGCCGCUAUACGUUGCGAUGAUCUUAGCCUACGGUUCGGUCCGGUGGUGGAAGAUCUUCACCCCGGACCAAUGCUCCGGCAUUAACCGUUUCGUUGCGGUCUUCGCCGUCCCUCUUCUCUCCUUCCAUUUUAUCUCCUCCAACAACCCUUACGCGAUGAAUUACCACUUCAUCGCGGCCGAUUCGCUGCAAAAAGUGGUCAUUCUCGUCGCUUUGUUCCUUUGGAACACGUUCACAAAGCGCGGAAACCUAGAGUGGACAAUCACCCUCUUUUCUCUCUCCACCCUCCCAAACACCCUCGUCAUGGGAAUCCCUCUCCUUAAGGCCAUGUAUGGCGAUUUUUCGGGCACUCUAAUGGUCCAAAUCGUCGUCCUACAAAGCGUCAUUUGGUACACUCUCAUGCUCUUCAUGUUCGAAUACCGCGGCGCCAAGCUCCUCAUCUCGGAGCAGUUCCCGGAGACGGCGGGGUCGAUAACCUCGUUCCGAGUGGACUCUGACGUCGUCUCUCUGAACGGGAGGGAUCCGCUCCAGACCGAAGCGGAGAUCGGCGACGACGGGAAGCUCCACGUGGUGGUGAGGCGGUCGGCGUCGUCGUCGGUGGUGUCAUCCUUCAACAAGUCGCAACUAGGGUUUAGCUCGAUGACCCCUAGGGCAUCGAAUCUCACCGGAGUCGAGAUCUACUCGGUGCAAUCCUCCCGGGAGCCGACGCCGAGGGCGUCGAGCUUCAACCAGACUGACUUCUACGCCAUGUUCGCCGGAAGCAAGGCGCCGAGCCCUAAGCACGGCUACACCAACAGCGUCCAGGGCGGUUUCGGCGACGUCUACUCGCUGCAGUCGUCGAAAGGGGCGACGCCGAGGACGUCGAAUUUCGAAGAGGAGGUGAUGAUGAAGAUGCAAGGGAAGAAGAGGGGAGGGCGGAGCAUGAGUGGCGAGCUCUUUAACGGCGGUUUGGCGCCGUCGUACCCGCCUCCGAAUCCGAUGUUUUCGGGUUCAAGCACAAGUGGAGGACACAAGAAGAAAGAGAGUAAUAGUAGUGUUGGCAAUGUUACUGUUAAUGGCGGUGGUUCUGGGGCUAAUAAGGAGCUUCAUAUGUUUGUUUGGAGUUCAAGUGCUUCUCCGGUUUCAGAAGGAAAUCUUAGACACGCAGUUAACAGAGCUGCUAAUUCCACCGAUGUUGGGGCUAUUGAUCCUUCCAAAUUACAACAUGAAAAAGGCAUGCAAGAGUUCAAUGAGAAUAUGAGCCCUGCAGGGAAGAUGGUUGGAUCAGAUCAAAGGGAUCAUCUGACGGACACAGAUCAUCAUCAAGAAGGAUCAAACAAUAGUAAUAUCAAUAAUAGUAAGUUCCCAAUGGGAUCUUCACCUUACACGUGCCAAAAGAAGGUUGACGUGGCAGAAGGAGAAAUAGGGCAAAAGAAGCAACAAAUGCCACCUGCAAGUGUCAUGACAAGACUCAUACUUAUUAUGGUUUGGAGAAAGCUAAUAAGAAAUCCCAACACUUACUCAAGUCUCUUUGGCCUAGCUUGGUCCCUCAUCUCAUUCAAGUGGGACAUCAAGAUGCCCACAAUUGUAAGUGGAUCUAUUUCAAUAUUGUCUGAUGCUGGUCUUGGAAUGGCUAUGUUCAGUUUAGGUUUGUUCAUGGCAUUACAACCAAAGAUCAUAGCAUGUGGAAAAUCCGUGGCGACAUUUUCAAUGGCUGUUAGGUUCUUGACAGGCCCGGCAGUCAUUGCAGCAACCUCUAUUGUCAUUGGUCUUCGUGGAGUUCUUUUGCAUGUUGCCAUUGUUCAGGCUGCUCUUCCACAAGGAAUCGUUCCGUUUGUAUUUGCAAAGGAAUACAAUGUCCAUCCAGACAUACUUAGCACUGCGGUCAUUUUCGGAAUGCUAGUCGCCUUGCCCAUAACAAUACUCUACUAUGUGCUUUUUGGGCUGUAGUACUUCUUUCUGGGAAAU